UUUCUGCAUUUGCUUAUCUAAGUUUCGACUCCAAAUUGUUGAAAUUGAGUCCAAGUUCCUUUCUGUAACCGUUACCCUGUAGACCCACCCUGCCUGCUAAUUGCUGUGGACAAAUACGUGGUCGGAUGCAGAGGUGUAGUCAUAACUAAGGUCAACCCCAUCUGUGCCAUACAGCUGAGGAGCCGUGCCGCUGUUGACAGUUUGCUCUGAGGCUAAGGACGGCAGGCAGGAAAAAAGCUGCUGUGCUAGAUUCGCAAUAUUUCGACAGGCACAUUUAGGGAUCCAAGCACCAUGGCAGUUACGCUGUGUCAGGUGAUGGGCUUUGUGUUGGGCGUUUUGGGAGUUGCGGGGAUCGUGGCCGCUACAGCCAUGGACAUGUGGAGCACAGAGGAUCUCUACGACAACCCCGUAACGUCUGUCUACAGCUACGCAGGCCUGUGGAGGUCGUGUGUGAGGCAGAGCUCAGGCUUCACUGAGUGCCGACCCUACUUCACCAUCCUGGGGCUUCCAGCCCUGUUCCAAGGCGUGAGAGCGCUGAUGAUUGUGGCCAUCGUUCUAGGAGUAGUUGGUGUCCUCAUUGCUAUUUUUGCCCUCAAGUGCCUCAGAAUGGGCAACAUGGAGGACCGCGUGAAAGCAACCAUGACUCUAACUUCAGGGGCCAUGUUUAUCAUCGCAGGGAUCUGUGCCAUUGCUGGGGUUUCCAUCUUUGCAAAUCUUAUUGUGACCAACUUUGCUCUGACUUCUUAUACCUCACUCGGAGGUUUUGGUGGUAGUUUCGGCAGCACGGGCUUUAUUGGGUCACCCCUCACCCCGAGAUACACAUUUGGCUCUGCCUUGUUCGUUGGUUGGGUGGCUGGAGGUCUUCUGGUAGUGAGUGGAGUUUUGUUGUGCUUGGCCUGUCGAGGAAUGAUGCCUGAAAAGCGCUAUGAUGGAACAUCAUACAAAGCCGCCAGUGGCAUGUACCGGUCAGAAGGCAAAUCCAAAACCUACAACGAGUCCUACAGAGCUCAGAGUAUGGAUGGCCGACACUCCACCCAGAGAUUUGACUAUGUUUAGACUUCAGUAGUGAGCCUGAAGGUUCAAACUGGGCAGUCUAACUGUGUGAGGCAACAGUACAGCUGUAUAUUGGGAAUGCAGAAGCACACUGAGCAUCUCGGCUUAUUUAUAUAGCAUGUUAUUAAUUAGUUACACCUAAAACAAUUCUGAAGUCUAAGAAUGUAAGUUUAUUACAUUUUCUUAUCUUAUUAGUUUAAUACAUUUUCUUUUAAGUAUAGCACGUUUAAUAUGUUUUCCUUUCUGCUUAUGUUUAUGUGGUCUCAUGUUUAAGUUUCAA